AUGCACUCUCUCCGCCAUAAAAGGUUAUGGUUCCCCUGCAGAUAUUCUGCUCUUAAUGCUGCUUCCUUGACUGCUUUAGGCAUCGCAGUGAAGUUUUCAAUGGACCUAACUACCUUGAUGCCAGGUACGUAUGAUCAAGCCGCUAAAAGACAUAGCGCUCUUUUCUUGUGUUUUUCAACUGCUCAUUUCAUGCCUUCUUUGGGAUCCAUGAGUGAUAGAGUUAUAAUUGUGAACUUGACAACAAUGGGUUUCUUUAUAGUGAUGCUUGACGUAGAUGUUAUCAUCCAAGUAUUAACAGGCGUGAUUGAAGAUGAUUUCCAAGCGGUGGUUGCCCUUGCGAUUGUUUGUAUGUUCUUUAUAUGUAUUUCUUCUGCUUUAACAGUAUCUACAAGAAAAAGGUAUUUGGAACAUAAGUAUAACGAAUUGCACACAAGAAUUUCGGCGGAGGAACUACAAGGAGACGAAAUAGGGGACUUCGACAAGUUGAAGUCGCGUGUGAAGAAGUACUGGGUGAUGGCAGAAACUGGUGACCCUCAGUUUGUGUUGGCACGAUCUGAUGCCAGCUGUGUUUUAUGUAUGAUCAAUGUAUAUAUUGGUAUAUUUGAUGGAUUUGAAACGUUUACAAACAAUAAGCCAGAAAUUGCUUCCGACUAUAAAUGGUCAGUGUAUCUUGUUUAUGGGACUCAUUGUGUAGGCUCAUUUCUUUGCUUGAUCAUGUCUAUGGGAAGACUUGUAGUAGCUAUGUUUUACAUGUCACGGAAUAUUAGAAAAUGUACCAUCUCUAGAAUUUCCUUAGAAAUAAAGAAUUACAGGAUCAACAGAUUGGUUGAGUGGAAAACGAGACUCCCACCAUCACAAGUUCGAUACCAGAAGCUUAGAAAAAUUAUUUAUGAAAUCAGAAAUCUACUUCUCGACAUUUGUAUACGAACUCAGAUAGUAAUUGUGAUCGUGAAUAAAUUAUGUUGGGCAUGCAUACUUUAUUUUGCUUACAAGGCAGUAGUCAUGUUUCAACAUCUUGAUGAGGAACUAAUUUUAAGCCUAUCGUACGCGACAGUAAUUGUUUAUAUGUUGAUGGACGUUGUAAUCAACAGAUGGCUCAAGGCAAUAAAGAAAUUUUUCUUAAGGGAAUCCGAGGUUUCAGUCAAUCCCAAUGAAUCAGAACACGGGCUUGGUUACGAGAAAGAUCUUACAAAUUUUUUUUUACUUCUAGAAAGUGAGGCAGGAAUAGAAGAUUACCUGGUGUUCAUUAACGCUUCUGUUAAUUCAUUCAUAAUGAUGGGUGCAAAGGAUCAGCCCAAAUAUCUAAUGGGGCUUAUGGAGAAUUCCACCAGCUUUGAUGGUGUAUUAAAAUUUGAAAGUGAUCAAGUCUCUCCAAUAAUUUGCAAAGAACCUCAUAAUUGCUGGAGUCUAUCCAUGGCAACGCUAACAAGCAUCAUGAUUGCUCUUCCAAACAUUCAAAAUGAGAAGAGGAAUCAGUUGUUAAGAAGCGCCAUUGAAGGUUUAAAGUAUGUGCGCCUUAUAGAGAAAAGUCUGGAUGUUGAUAAAAAAUUGGUGAGCAGCACGACUGCUGCAGAUUUUGCGUGGGUUUUAGUUGAAAUGAGGCACAAGUGGUUAGACAUGGACCUCCGAAAAGUUGCCAGGGUAUCAAAAUCCUCCAAAGAAACUCUCCAGAAUCUUGCAAAUAAAAGUGAAGAAAUUUUGAAGGAAUUCACGAGUAAAAUGAAUGGAAAUGCAAUGGAGAGCCCCAUUAACUUGCCUGAAAACGUCAUAAUAGCUAAUUCAAUGUACAAAACAAGCAAAACUUUGCUUUUGGUCUAUGACGAAAGCUAUCAUUCAGCAUCAGAUACUCAAGUGUUUGAGAGAUUGUCUGUUAUCAUUGCAGAUAUUUUUGCAGCAUGCCUGAUCAAUUUACCUCAUGUUAUACUCAAGAAAUGCAACAAUAGCCCUAUAGAAGAACAGCUGCGAAGUAUAGAGGAAGCAAGUUACAUUUUGGGAGCAACUCAAGGCAUUCUGAAAGCUCUUCAGAAGCGUGAAAUUCCUAAUCUAUUACCUGAUCAAUCAAUGUAUAUUGACGAAUGGGGUACUUUACUAAAACAAACUAACGAUUGUAUUUCAGACCCAACUUCUAGCAGUGAGAAUAUUAUCACUGCUUCAAGUGGUGAGGUGCAUUUGAAUAUACAAGAACUUCGUGCAAGUGCUACAGCAGAAGCCUUGGAAAUUGAUGAAGGUGAUGCGGAGUCUCAUGUGGGCGGGGAAAUUGAAGAGUUAGAAGACGAGGAAGAGAACAACCAAGCAUAA